AAUGGUUUUGCUGUUGUAAGGCCCCCAGGCCAUCAUGCUGAAGAAUCAACAGCCAUGGGGUUCUGCUUUUUUAAUUCGAUUGCAAUUACUGCCAAAUACUUGAGAGACAAGCUAAAUAUAGGCAAGAUAUUGAUUGUAGAUCUGGAUGUUCACCAUGGCAACGGUACACAGCAGGCUUUUUAUGCUGACCCCAGCAUCCUGUAUGUUUCCCUCCAUCGCUAUGAUGAAGGCAACUUCUUCCCCGGCAGUGGAGCCCCAAAUGAGGUUGGAAGUGGCCCUGGUGAAGGGUAUAACAUAAAUAUUGCUUGGACAGGUGGCUUGGAUCCUCCUAUGGGCGAUGUUGAGUAUCUCACAGCAUUCAGGACUGUGAUUAUGCCAGCUGCCAAUGAGUUUGAUCCAGAGAUUGUCCUGGUGUCAGCAGGAUUCGAUGCCGUGGAAGGCCACGACCCACCGCUGGGCGGAUACAAAGUCACAGCUAAAUGUUUUGGUCACCUAACCAAGCAAUUGCUGAAGCUAGCGGAUGGCCGUGUGGUGCUGGCACUGGAGGGAGGACAUGACCUUACUGCCAUCUGUGAUGCAUCCGAAGCCUGUAUAAACGCCCUUUUAGGAAAUGAGCUGGAGCCUCUCCCGGAAGAUAUUGUGCACCAAAUCCCCAAUAUGAAUGCAAUAGCUUCUUUAAAAAAGACCACUGAAAUUCAAAGCAAGUACUGGAAGUCAGUGGAGCCAUACUCCGUGCCAGUGGAUUGUGCUCUGGCUGAGUCUCAGAAACAAGAGAGGGAGGAGACAGAAACAGUAUCUGCUAUGGCCUCUCUUACAGUGGAUGUUGAGCAGUGUAUCCCUCAGGAAGGCAGCAGAGCUGCUGGCGAGCCCAUGGAAGAAGAGCCAGCCUUGUGAAGUGCCAAGUCCUCCCUGAUAUUUCCUGUGGGUGACAUCAUUGUGUAUCCCCCCAAAGCACCCUCAGACAUGUCUUGUCUGCUGCUUGGGUGGCACAGAUCAGAUGGAACAUAAACACUGGGCACAAAACUCUGAAUAGCAGCUUCACUUGUUCUUUGGAUGGACUUGAAAGGGCCCUAAAGAUUCCUUAAAUGUAACCGCUACAAUUCUAGAGUUACAGUAAAACGGGCUUGGGAGAAAGAGCCUAGAGCAUGCUUUUUAUAUGCUGUUUGACCCGCUCACCAACAUAAAUUGUGAAAUAGAGUAUUACAAAAUUCUACAUGAUAGAUUAUAGAUACGAGAAUUGCAACAGCCAGCAAAAUACUCGGUAAACUCCAUGAAUCAUUUUCUGACACUUUUUACUGGGUGAUUUUUUUCAUACUGUGUUAAAUUGUUAAUAGAAUUUGUUUUCUUUGCUCUGUGUAAUGGAAAAAAAACCCCAACUUUAUUUUACGUGCCAUUUUUUAACCCCCUAUAAUGAGUUCUUAGCUGAAUAAGUGAAAGGUGUGUAAAUUGCGAUGAGGGACUUUAGCUAAAGGGAAAGCACUUCUUAUUGUACUGUAAAUCCCCCGAAGCCCUGUGCUUGGUGGUGCUUUAUUUUCUUUUCUCUUUUCUCGGCCAUCCCUCCCCAUUUCAUGUAAUCUUUUCUAUCAUAAAAACACGUUCACGAUUGUCUAAAAUGAGCGAUCUUCUGCCUUUAAAAAAAAGUGCUGUACCCUCCGUAGUUGACAGUAGCUCUCACCAGAUGUGCAGCAGAGAUCAAGUAGUCUCUGAAAAAUGGAUGGCUUUUGAAAUGUGCUUUUCGUUUGUUCUGAAAUGUUUCUGUGUCCUGGCUCUAAGAGCAGCGAUCUUUAGUAAAUGUGUGCCGCUCAUUUGAAGCUCAGGUGUUUCUGUGGAGGUUGUGUUUGGGUGUUUUUUUUACAGGCCGUCAUGUGAAUACGAACUGAUUCUUUUAUGUAGUCCUGCACCAAGAGAACUGAUGUUGCUUAAGAAGUUUCAAAAGGUUUAGGCUUUACUUUAGAUCCCCAAAGUGCAGCAAGAUCUCCCUGCAAUGUGACUUUAGCUGUUUAAUUCCAUGUUUGAGAACGUAACAUAGAGUUGUGCCUUUAGCUGAUAAUGAAUGCUUAAACUGUUACACGUGUUGCCUUACCGUCAGAGAAAGAGAUAGGGCAUGUAUGUCAGACUACUUCCAAUGAACAAAACUCUGCUUCAGCAACUUUUAUUUUGUUUACAACUUUCUCACCUCAUGAACCCUGGGAGAUACCUUGAAGUAUUCGACUAGCAGUAUUUGAUAGCUCGCUCAGCUUUUAAAAGCAAAUGAUGUUCUUUUUUAUACAUUUUCCAAACUCAAAA